AUGAAGAAAGCAUACAGCAAGUGGAAUGUAGAGAUGACUAAGUCUAAAGCUAUCCGGGUUAAACAGUUUGCACUUGAUGAGUUACAAGGAACGUACAUAGAGCAAUAUCGGAGACUCUAUGACUACUGUCAUGAAUUGCUGAGGUCUAACCCUGGUUCUACAGUGAAGUUGCAAGUGGAGAGACCACCUGAGUUUGCUUCUGAGAGACCACAAGUUGGUGUGGAUUUAAGGCCAAAGUUUCAAAGACUCUAUGUGUGCCUUGAUGCAUGCAAGAAGAGCUUUAUGGUUUGCCGUCCAAUAAUUUGCCUUGACAGGUGCUUCAUCAAGACACCAUAUGGAGGUCAACUUCUCACGGCUAUUGGCUGGGACCCGAAUGACCAGAUAUUGCCAAUAGCCUAUGCAGUGGUUGAAGCAGAGACAAAGGACACAUGGACCUGGUUUUUUACCAAUCUGUGUGAUGACUUUGGCUAUGACAAGAUAAGGAGCUGCACCUUCAUGUCCGACCAACAGAAGGGUUUAGUUCCAACCUUCGAUGAGCUCAUUCCCGGAGUGGAUCAUAGAUUCUGUGUUAGACAUCUUUACAGCAAUUUCAGGAAGAGAUUCUCAGGGCUGCAACUAAAACUGAUGAUGUGGAAUGCUGCAAAGGCUACUUAUUUACAAGAGUGGGAGAGGAGGAUGGCUGAAAUCCAAAAUGUUGACAAUGGAGCCUACAACCACCUGAUGGAGAUACCAACCAAAUAUUGGUGCCGGCACAAGUUUGGAACUUGGUCUAAGUGUGAUACCUUGGUAAACAAUAUGUGUGAAGUAUUUAACUCUGUGAUUGUGGACGUCAGAGAGAAACCAAUAGUCAGCAUGCUUGAAGACAUCAGAAUAUACAUAAUGAGGCGUUGGGCUGAUAAUAGGGAUCGGAUAAUUGAAUACCCAAGAGAGGUGUUGCCCCGUAUCAGGAUUAAGGUUGAAAAACAAGUUGAUGCAAGUGGUAAGUGGGUGAGCACAUAUGCUGGUCGUGACAAAUAUGAGGUAACUAGUAUCCAUGGAGGCAAAGAGAAGUUCGUUGUUGAUUUGAAGAAUCACGAGUGUUUGUGCAGGAAGUUUCAGCUAUCCCGAAUCUCCUGUGCUCAUGCAAUGACCUGCAUUAGGAAGAUGUGCUUCAAUGUGGCUAACUUUGUUGCAAACUGUUACAAGAAAGCAACUUACUCUGAGUGCUACCAACAUGUGGUAUAUCCCUUGAAUUGGCCCAACCUGUGGGAAAAGACACAGUUUGAUGACGUUUUACCACCAAUCUACAGAAAACUCAUUGGAAGGCCUAAACUGAAACGUAAUAAAGCUGCAGAUGAGAACCCAACUAGGAGAAGAGUGUCUCACGAAGGGCAGAAUUAG